AUGCAGUCUGGCACGCGCUGGUCCACGUGCCCUGGGUUCCGGCGUCUUCGCACUGUCCACGAGCUUGGCAACUGGCAGUGCCCGCACAGUACCCUGACAAGCUGCAGACUGUCACGCCACUCUCGGUUGCGGCCCAGCCACCCCUCCACAAAAAGUGGGUACAGGGAAUUGGUCUGGCCCCUGCACGGCGGCAGGCCCUCGCGCCGCCCAAACUCCGGGUCCCUCGCGUCCCCCCGUCGCCCGCUUCCUCCCCCCUCUCACCCGCAAGACGCCAGCAGCCCAAAGUCCAAAACACGCACACAACACCUACAUACAGGUACUUGGCCCGCGAAACCCAACCAAACUCCCCCGAGUUACUUGGGCUCGAGGUACAGUACGCUCCCGUCGCGACCUCGUCACUCGUCCAUCCACCUACCGCCCAUCCUCCAGCUACCUGACCGCUACCGCGUGCUUGCCGGUCGCUCGCGCUGCCAAACGCGGAUCGGAUCCACAGCUACCUUGAACUCCAACGACGUUGGCAGGCCUGCUGGCAUUGUCGACAUCCGCGACGCGCCGCCUCAACACCAACCGUUUGUCCGCCGGGCGGUUCGAGACGCUCUCGUGUUGUGCCGUGUCGUGUCAUCCCGCAACCGCCGCUCGGUACCACCUCACCAGCGGUGCCCUGUCCUCUGUCGGCCGCCCCGUCGUCUGUCUUCCUGGUCUGGCCACCAACAAGGCUCGAGGCACUCGCAUCGUCAGGAGCGCCGUCGCGUCAGCUGGAACGCGGGCUCAUCUGUCGAGAGCCGGAGAGAGAGAGCCACCACCAGCAGCGGUCGUACAUACACUGAAGUGUACGGCUCACCAGCCCGUCGAGAAGCGGCCGUCUCAUCGACCGCACACGUGUUCCCAGCCCCCUUUGCGCGCCCAUCACACGCCAACACGGUCGGCAGCAGAAGCCGUCCAUCGGACGCACUCACACUCGCACUCACACGCAUCCACCACCAACACCACCAACACCAACACCACCAACUCACACAUCCGCGCUGCACUGCAGUCUCAGGAUUGCCGGCUGUCAAAUUACCCGCCGACGCAGCACACGCGCACGCGCCAGAACGGCCCAGAGCAUCGGCUCGCCUCCAGCAGCGACGCUCGAUCCAACUGCCGCAUUCGCUCCUAGCCCACCCCCAGCAGCCAAGGCGCAGCAGCGCAGCGCAGGUUGCAGGCCCCGUAUUACGCAAACCCGUGGCUCUGCCGCCGUGGAUUAUUACUUGCGACGAAUACUACCUAGUCCCGAGGCUCGGACCACCUGUGCGACCUGACCUUGUCUCCCUGCCACCCCCAGCUCUCCCUCGCACAACCAAGCAAAACCGAAGACAUCCUCUCCACGUCGGAUGUGCUUUAUGCCACCUCGCUGAACCCAAGGAAUACAUUGCCCGUAAGUACCUUGCCGCUCCUCUCCUCGCCCUGCCCGUCCUCGUCGCGCAUCCCGUCGUGUUCGCACGACACCGGCGGCCUGGCGAUUGCUCGAAGCCCGCCGCGUCAUUUUUUGUCGCCUGCUGCUGGCCUGCCCGGCGUCGCACGCGUCGCCGCUCGCCAAAGAAAAAAAAAAAGCUCGCUUGGCUACACGACCCGCGCGUCGCUGCAGAACCACACCAGCCCCAUGCCGGCGAGCUGACGGCCAGACACAGCCCGCCUGCCCGCCUGUCUGCCUACCUGGUCGCGCGUGCGCGCGCUCCCGUCCUUCAUCAAUCAGCGGCGCCGCCAUCGCACAGCUGCCUGCCUUGUUUGCCUCGCGUUCACCGUCUUGAUACUGACUCCUCACUCCCGCCACCUUCAGAUCAUGCAGCAGUGGCAGGUCGGCCCCGUGCCGGAGUACGUCUACUCCAACUCCACCCAUCAGCCCAACGACAUGCAGUAAGUACCUCUGCCGCACCCUCUUCUUGUUCCCGGUACCUCGACCCCGUCCUCCCUCCCUCCGUCCUGGCCCUCCUCGCCCUCGCCGGCCUCUUGUCCUGGCUUGCCUUGCCUGGCCGGCCCGGGCCUGUCACGUCAUGUCACCCCGAUGCAUGCCACUCUGCAUCCAUGCACUAUCUCAUGGUCGCCUCUCGCCGUCCCCCUCGAUCCCGUCGACCUGAGCUGCCCGAGCACCCCUACGCCAUCGUCGGCCUAUCGUGCAUCGCACGUCGUCGCUCUCUCUACCUCCCUCUCUCCUCCCCGUCCUUCGCCUUCACAGACCGGCUCUCGAGGAUGCCCUCGGCCGCCCACCCAGCAACAGUCUCCGUUUGCGCCGGGGUCGCGGCCUUUCCCGGCGCGAUACCAUGA